AGACGGAGUGAAUCGAAAGCAGAGCGGCCGCCGCUGAUGCAACUCUCUGACAGCUCCAUUCAGCCGGUUCUCCCUCAUCCACGUCUCACUGAAAGAGCAGUUUCUGAGAGGACCCUCCGUCACCAUGGGAGAGCAGCUCAGUCCAGAGGAGAAGUUCAGCCUCAUCACCAGGAACCUGCAGGAGGUCCUGGGGGAAGAGAAGGUGAAGCAGGUUCUUCAGGAGAGAGAGCUGAAGGUUUACUGGGGGACAGCGACCACUGGAAAACCCCAUGUAGCUUAUUUCGUCCCCAUGUCCAAGAUAGCAGAUUUCCUCAGAGCUGGCUGUGAGGUAACGGUUCUGUUUGCAGACUUGCAUGCUUACCUAGACAACAUGAAGGCUCCCUGGGAGCUGCUGGAGCUCCGAGUGAAAUAUUACGAGCAGGUGAUCAAGGCCAUGUUGGAAAGCAUCGGCGUGCCUUUGGAGAAACUACGUUUUAUUAAAGGAACCGACUUUCAGCUCAGCCGAGAGUACACUCUGGAUGUGUACCGCCUGUCCUCCAUGGUGACCGAGCACGAUGCUAAGAAGGCUGGAGCUGAGGUGGUCAAGCAGGUGGAGCACCCUCUGCUGAGUGGGCUGCUUUACCCUGGACUACAAGCUUUGGAUGAAGAGUAUCUGAAGGUGGAUGCCCAGUUUGGAGGAGUUGACCAGAGGAAGAUUUUCACUCUGGCAGAGAAGUACCUGCCUUCUCUUGGUUACGCAAAGCGAGCUCAUCUAAUGAACCCAAUGGUUCCAGGACUGACGGGGGUUAAAAUGAGCUCUUCAGAAGAAGAGUCGAAGAUCGAUCUGCUGGACUCCAAAGAGGACGUGAAGAAGAAGCUGAAGAAGGCCUUCUGUGAGCCAGGCAACAUCCAGAACAAUGGAGUUCUUUCUUUUGUCAAAUAUGUCCUCUUCCCACUACGAGGAGAGUUCUCCAUCAAAAGGGAUCCCAAAUGGGGUGGAGACAGAAUUUAUGCUGUGUUUGAAGAAGUGGAAAAGGACUUUGCUGCAGAGUUGAUCCAUCCUGGAGACCUGAAGGCCUCAGUGGAAGCAGCCCUGAACGAGCUACUGGAGCCCAUCAGGAAGAAGUUUCAGUCUCCUGAGCUUCGAAAACUUACCAACUCUGCCUAUCCCAGUUCCUCGAAAACAAAAACGGGAGGAAAGGGGGCUAAAGCAGGAGGAGGAGGAGGUGGUGGAGGAGAAGACGAUGAGCUGGUGCCCUCAAGACUGGACAUCAGGGUGGGCAAGGUCAUCAGCGUGGAGAAACACCCAGAUGCUGAUUCUCUGUACCUGGAGAAGAUCGAUGUGGGAGAACCAGAGCCGAGGACGGUUGUCAGUGGGCUGGUGGCCUACGUUUCACAGGAAGAGCUGCAAGACCGAACAGUGUUGCUCUUGUGCAACCUCAAACCGCAGAAGAUGCGCGGGAUCGAGUCUCAAGCCAUGCUGCUGUGUGCCUCGAUAGAAGGGGAGCCCAGAAGAGUGGAGCCACUUGAUCCUCCAGAGGGUUCGUCGCCAGGGGAGCGGGUCUUCGUGGAAGGGUGGGAGUCAGGCAAUCCAGAUGAUAGACUGAACCCAAAGAAGAAGGUGUGGGAGAAACUGCAGGUGGACCUGAAGAUCUCAGACGAGUGUGUGGCUCAGUGGAAAGACAGAAAGCUGAUGACCAAACUGGGACAGAUCACGUGCAAGACACUGAAAGGUGGCAACAUCAGUUAAAUCCACACAAACCACUGAACCUGCUGGCCUCACGACAACUUUCAUCCACAAAUCACCAUGGCAACAACAUUCAUCAGGAUUCUUGAAGGGAUGAUGAGCAUCUUCAUGCCAAAACAGACCAACUUGCUUUGACUUGACUGAGAAAUAUGUAACUCCUCACGAUGACAUCACAACAACACCUGCACAGCUGAUCAGUGUGUGGUUCAGUGCAUGACUCGUGGAUUUAAAUGUACAAAAGGUAGAGAUAACAGAGCCUGAUCAGUUGAAGGGCUGCUCUUUUCUUAAUGUACAUCAUAUAGGACAUCUCAUGUUUCUGAAAAGGGACUUAAUGUUUCAGUUCUUUGCCAGAUUAACAUUUUACACUGUUAUUAUUUACCGUCGUAAUAAUCGUCACGGCAGAGGCCCGCCUGCUAAAUCUGUUCAACAGGACUGCUUUUACAGGUUGUGGACAUCAGUUGUAUGUAAAACUCUUUACCCCUCGAGCUAUAAGACAGUUGGGUUUUGGGGUUAAUGCACAAAUAUCUAUCUUCAGACCGUCUUGGAAUAAAAACAACACAUCAUCUGUAAUAUGAAAAA